UAGUAUUACCAUUAUUAUUAUCGACGAGCUCCCUUUGAAUUCGGUUUCCGCUGCUUGAAUCGUGAUCUGGAUCUUCAGAAGCGCUGUGUCACUCUUCUUCCUUGAGCAUGAAUCCGGUGUUUCGAUCAACUUUGUGGUAUUGCAGAUCUAACAGUAGGCUGCAAUCGACUCAUUGGAGUUCUCCUGAAUGUCGUGAAAUGGAAGUUUUUUUGUCACGGAGCGGAUUCGAAGGAUAGGUAGAAGAAUGCGAAUCAGUUGGGAUUUCGCAGCUGUCAUUAGGGUUCAUCUCGUUGAUGAAGAAGAUGUUUUGUGGGGAUUGUUGAAAAGGAAAAUUUUCAGGUAUUGGAUUUGUUUUUAGGGCUGAGGGAUACAGAAUAAGGAAGAAGAAUUUAUCGAGGUUGCAUUCUGGUUUUUUUAGAGGGAAGGUUUGGGAUUGUGAGGAGCUGAAGAGGCCAAGAGACGGAGAGACCGGGUUGGUUUGAUGUUGUUUAGUUUUUUGCGGAGAUGGCGUGGCAAGGUGUUGGAGGCAAGCACAGGCAUGGGCAAGGGCCAGGGCAUGUGAUGCAGGUAGAUGAGGAGAAUCCUGAGGAUAGCCCCAGUAUGAAGGAUAGGCAGCGUCGCCGUCGAGCAGCGAGUUUUGAUGUGCUACCACUGUAUAAAGAAUUUGAAGGAAUCAAGCGUAAAGUGUAUCGCGGGCAGCGACAGAGAAUUGCAAUGCUGUUUUUGGUGACCGUAUUUCUUAUAGUUUCUCUUAGGUACUGCUUAAGGUCGGGUCAUGGCGUGCCAGCGAGUGAAGCAUCUAAAACUGGCAAGAGGAAAGAGAGCAACUUGAAUAAACUGGAUAUGCCAACAAGAAUGGUGGCAGGGGUUCGUCAAGCCUGUUUGAAGCUGCUUCCUGAAAACGAGCUUGAGCAGCUGCAGUUGCCUUCAGCCAGCAAUUCGGUAGUCAAGAAUUUACGUUAUGUUAGCGGAGGUCUAAGCUUUGCUGGAGACCAAACACCCUCAGAGCGGUUGGCUAGCUUUCAGGUCCAAGAUACUAUGCAGGUACAUUGUGGCUGGUGUGCUGGCAAUGGGUUUGACAUUGAUCCUAUUGACACAGCAUUUAUGGAGGCAUGUCGCGUGGUAGUAAUCACGUGUACUUUUGGGGGUGGUGACAAUUUAUAUCAACCAAUUGGCUUUGUUAAUGCUACAGCUUCCAAGGUAUGUUAUGUCGCAUUUUGGGAUGAUGUGACCAAGCAGACACAAGAGGAAGCUGGCAAUAGACUAGGACCAGAUCGCAAGAUAGGGCUAUGGCGAGUAGUGCUCGUUCGGAAUUUGCCCUUCGCGGACCAACGAAAGAACGGAAAGAUACCAAAAAUGUUGGGUCAUAGAUUAUUUCCUAAUGCACAAUUUAGCAUCUGGACAGAUUCGAAGUCACAGUUUCGGAGGGACCCCUUGGGUGUAUUGGAGGCCCUCCUGUGGAAACCCAAAGCAGAAUUUGCUAUUUCAGCGCAUGGGGCACGGAGUUGUGUCUAUAAAGAAGCAGUUGCUAUAGUGCAAAAGCACAAGGCAUUGCCAGAGGAAGUUGACAUUCAACUCGAGGCUUAUCGUUCAGAGGGUAUGCCUAAAGAUCUCCGCAUUGAUGGUCACAAAGCUCUUGCGGAAGCCUCUGUUAUUGUGAGGGAACACACGCCAGCCACCAAUCUAUUCAUGUGUGUUUGGUUCAACGAGGUGAUGCGAUUCACUGCACGUGAUCAGCUUAGCUUUCCGUACGUGCUGCACAGAUUACCCAUAUUUCAUCUGAAUAUGUUCCCUGUCUGCACACGUAAAGCCCUUGUGAACAGUAUGGGUCAUGCACGGAAGGCUGCACCACUGGUCGUGGACGGCUGAGAAGUGACUGGGACAUCGAAUCAUCAGUAGACUUCGAGGUCGAGAGACAGGACGUCGCUAAUUGUUAAAGCCACAACCAGAUGUGCUGCCGACGUCAGCUCCAUCCCAGUUGUGUAAGGACUGUCGUUCAACUGCAACUCUAAUGCCUCUCUAUGGCCAGGAAUUCAUGCCAGUAAGUACUAGCUAGGCUGCUGCCUUAUAAUGAUGGUUCCAAUUGCGAAACCUCUUUGUUGACUAGAAUGACUUGUAGGAUCAACUGAGUUAGAUGAAGGCAGUGGACUAGUUAUUUCUGAAAAGACUCUCGUGACGUCGUUACGGGUUCUUUUUCAGGUCACUAGAUUAUAUUGCUGUAAAAUGCAUGCAACUUUGUGACGGAAGUGCAGGAACCUUCAAGAGGCGAUAUCUUUUCUAGCAAUAUCUAGUUUUCGUUAGAGUAGUCUAUUUUUUCGAUUCUGAACCAGAUGAAUCGAGACAGACGAGGCAAAUUUUGAAAACAGAGUUAGAAUCUGCAUCUGGGACAAUAGUGUCACCAGUUAGAUCCGGACACCAUGUGUGGAAGAAAGUCCCUUAGGCUUGUGCCUAGACAAGAUCUCGUGGAAGUAGUUACUGCUGUGUAUUGCAGCCCAUUAUUAUUCGCUCUCUUCGACAGCCGGUUUUCAUUAUUUAUAAUUGGUAUUUACAUUGUUCUUUAAAAUACAAAUGUGAGUGUUGAAAGCUGUUAUCCCCCAGAUAUCCCACGUAUCUUUUUUCUGCGUAGAGCUUCAGAAAUCAUUUCGAAUAUCCAACUGCUGCUUUGUGAAAGUUUUAGGGCUAUUGUCAAGUUACCGCAUCCUUAUUUGGUGGAAAGCACAGGCUGGAGUCGGAGUGAUGCUUUGCCUAAAUAACUUGGAGAUACGGGAAAAGCUUCAUCUUGCAGUUGCAGAAACAAGAGUAGUCGAUGAAAGGAGAGUAAUAAUUAGCUUCAUUCGAGUUCGCCAUAUGAGGUAUCCACUCACUCACGAGCUUUUUGGUCUGCUGUUCACAAAUUAGUAAGGACAAUUAAUCGGCAACCUCAUUCAUGUCAUAAUGACCAUCUUGUUUUGUAUUUGUUCAAUUUGACAACCGUGUUAGAUCAAAUUGGGACACACCAGGGAUAUUGAGUGUGAAUACGAGUGCAAUGAUCGUGGAGAUAAUACCAAGCAUGUUCAUCAUCGAAUCAACUCAGGGAUGCUGUACGUUGAGAUCUGAUUGGUAUCUAGAUAGAAGCACACAGACGGGAAUCAAUACAGAAACCCCAGAUGGAGACCUCAGACCAAUCAGCACAGGCAGGGCUAGUUGGAAGCCACCGCCAAUUGGGAGGGGUCCGACUUAAAUCACACACUAAGAUGCGAGGGGUCUUCUUGACAUGCAGGUAGAGUAGAUUCCCAGAGCCAACACAUUGAAAGGAGUAAAACAUCCUCCCCUUCCGGUAGAACUCUUUGAAGAGACGCUCCGGCAUUGUUUCAACCUCCACCCACUUGGCUGUGGACUCCUGGAGCUCCCAUAUCCUCACCCCUUCAAAGGUUUGGUCGAUUCUCACAGCACCUAUGAGCAACAAACGUCCGAAGUGUUCAACCAGGUCACCGUACCACAAGAAGGCUGGCCGUGCGACUGGUACUACCCGCCACUCACCGAGGUCUAUGGUAUACGCGAGGAGGGCAUCAGGAGGACCUGAAGUCAUGCAAUAGAAAAACCCACUGCAGAAUGCAGUUCGAGCAAACGACAUUUUGCGAGGUAGGCUUCCUGUCACAGUCCACCUAUUAGUACGUGAAUCAUACACCUCGGUUAGCGCUCCUGAUUCGUAGCUGCCAACCGCAAUGAUCUUGUAGUUACGAGUGGCGGGGUCAACACAAAUGCCGAGUACAGGGUCGAUGCGAUCUUCUUGCCAUGGAGGUAAGGUUCUCCACCAUUUCGAAAGAGGGUUGCAAACCGACAGGACUUGAUCUCCAUCGACAUAUGCUCGAAUGCAGAGCAGUCCCCCCGACGCUGCUGUCGGGUACAUGAAAUCAGGAGGGAGAAAAUUUAGCGGCACUUUGUGCCACUUGUUGAAAACAGAGUCAUAAGCAUGUGACCAGUUUCGGCACCUCCGGUAAGAAAGUAUGAACAACCAAGCUUCCCGUGGAUGCACUUGCAUCCGAAUCUCGGAGAAACUGGGUGCACAGAGGCUGGCAUACCAUCUUUUUGAGACUGUCCGCGACCUAAAAUAAGAAGACACGGGUAGAUAGGCUUGGAUCCGAUCCACGACUUCUUCUGGAAGUUCCGGUAGUGCCACUCUUGAGCUCCCAUUCCGCAUACGAUCACGUAUUUGCGUGUCAUACAUGUAGGCCGCUAGACCUAGCCCCACUGGUCCUCCCACAACCCAUGUGGUGGUGCUUCCAAUGUUCCCCAUCACCCUCGGAGCCGAAGGUUUUGAUCCCUAAUGACAUUAUUCCAGUCAAAUCUUUCAACUAUCAUCACAUACCCCUUAAGAAAUCAUUGCUGCUUUGCUUUUAUUUUACUUUCCCUCAACGGAAUUCCGCGCAACUAUUUUCAAAAUCUGACCUCUUCAUAGUGACAUUCUAGGCCUUCGUAGGUGACUUCAUUCAUUGAUAGGCCUCGUCGCAGUGUAUGAUUAGUAGACGACCAUCUUAAGCUACCUUAAACUUUGUUCAUGAUCUUGUGAAGUUAAAAUAGGGCAAGUGGUUUAGAUCGUAAUACAGGGUGGUAGCGACGAUCGCAAUUCCCAAUACUCUUCUCAAGUAUGACCUUAAGAGUGGUGUCUCUUAGUUCAUCAGCCUGUAUCUUAACGAACUGAGAGUAUAUUGAAUUUUAUGACUAACUUCGUUUCUCUAUACAUUCUCCCACGUUGCAAAGGAAUAGUUUUAAUUCAGCGGAUCACAAAUGGGAAGACUUGAUGAGAUAGAGCUUCAAAUCUUUCACAAGGUCGAAUUCUCAGAACAGAAGGGUAUGUGUACGUAUAAUCCUUCACACAUGGAUGAGAACCUUUACUGAUUGCCUGUCAUGUGUUUGUAGUGAUCUUCCCUUCAAAGUAACUUAUCUUCAUUCGUAAUUCUCUUCACUUGCUCAACCAUCGGCAUAUCUCGAAAUCUUCCACCAGCUGGAACCAUGUCAAAACUGUCCUGAUUAUAUGCAUGAAUUUCUCGUGCUUCACGCGGCAUGAGACUUACAUUAGCAUUAUCACCUUAGUCACGUCUAUUUCACCAGGUUUUCUGAGAACACAGCCGUUACAGGCUCAGUGGGCAUGGAUAUUUCUCUUGUGGAACCAAGUUUAGGGCUUGCGCAUUCCAAUAGCUCCGACUCCAUGAGCUGUUGCGCGGACAUA